AUGCUACAUCCAGCAGACCCCCCACAAGAAAAUGUUUGUAAGGUGGAGGAGGACGGGGUUUUCAGUGACCAGCACCUGGAUAACCUGGAGAGGAGCUGCAGCCCGGACCAGGAGGAACCAGGGCAUCCACAGACUACAGAACCGGAGGAAAACUCCAGCGGUCAGGAGAUUAAGCAUGAGGACGUAGAGGUGGAUGUCUCUGAUGUGAAAGUUGAAAAUGGUGAACCAGGACCAAACUGUGGCCAGCUGCUGUUGCACACUUCUCCUGAAGCUCAAAACAAAGAUGAGGAAGGGACUGAAAGUUUACGCUCAGACUCCAGUAAAACUGCAGAUCCGGAGCCAAUGAGACGACACGGUGACCACGAAGAUGCUGCUGUCCCGUCAGACAGCAACUGUAAAUCAAAGCUGACCAAGACCCACACGGGGAAGAAGGUAUUUACUUGCAGCACUUGCAAGAAAGAGUUCAGUAGAAGUAGUAUUUUAAUAGAUCACAUGAAGAUCCACACUGGCGAAAGGCCGUACCUGUGCAACACCUGCGGCAAACACUUUACUAAAUUAUCGAAUCUUAAAUGCCACAUAACCAGGCACACGGGCGAAAAGCCAUACAUCUGCAAAACAUGUGGAAAAAGUUACACAGAACGUUCCAGCCUGCUGGUUCACUCAAGGAUCCACACCGGCGAAAGGCCGUACCUGUGCAACACCUGUGGGAAAACCUUUACUUCUUCAUCAGCUCUUAAACGGCACAUAACCACGCACACGGGCGAGAAGCCCUACAUCUGCAAAACAUGUGGAAAAAGUUACAAAGAACAUUCCAGCCUGCUGGUUCACUCAAGGAUCCACACUGGCGAAAGGCCGUACCUGUGCAACACCUGCGGGAAAACCUUUAUUAAAUCAUCACAUCUUAAACGGCACAUAACCACGCACACGGGCAAAGAGCGACAUUUGUGCAAGGCGUUUAGCUGCAGAAUUGAUUUGCUGAGUCACAUGAAAAAUCACCCGGAGGAGAAGUCUGGUGACUCGUGACAAAUGAAGCUCAUGUUGUCGUCCUCCGGGGGCAGCUGUCCACUCCUGUCUGACCGACAGAAGAAGAACCCGCAGAAGUCCAGCCACCACCUCCUGUGGCUGAUGAGCCUUA